AUGGCGGCUAUGGCGUUACCUGACCUACUUAGCGACGAAGCAAGGGACAUCUGUGAUGUUAUUUUCACCGUGGCCGUUCACGGUUUUUUAGGCGUGUUUGGCACCGUCACCAACGUCAUAAACAUCAUGGUGUUUAUAAACCAGGGACUGAAUGAAACAGUGACCAUCAGUUUCCUGGCCCUAAGUCUGGCUGACCUAGGUAACGUGCUGCCCCUGGUCUGGUCUAGUGUGUGUUCGAAUCCCUGGUUCCAGCUAAGGCGACAAACAGAAAACACGCUUUUUGUGCACCUGACCUCAGGUGCCCCCCACGCCAUGUUUCUCAGAUGUUCUCUCUGGAUUCGAGUGUACAUCAACAUUGAAAGAUGUCUGUGUAUCAUAUUCCCACUCCAAGUCAAGUUGCUAGUCACCAAGAGAACAACCGUUCUAGUUCUACUUUUGAUAUACAUGCUGAUGUUCACUUUUCUGGUACAAGACGCGGCCUGCCACCCACUAGAGCCGUACUUUGACACGAGAAAAAACCUCACCGUCUUUGGUGUGACACUAACAAGCAGUGAAGCGUGCAAUAUCAACCUGAGCAACCUGAUGAAUGUGUCCGCCAGAGUUAUCAUCUACCUCCUGGAUAUCAUCCUAACACUUAUCAUGAUACAACACUUGCAGGUCAAAUCAAAAUGGCGUAGCGAGACUUUUGCCGGAAACACAAAACACGAGGCGACCUUGAGAGAUGACAGACUAAUUAAAAUGCUGGUUUUCAUUUCCUUUCUCUACAUCUUCACCUCGCUGCCGGCUAUUUGCUACACGGUGUGUAACGUAGUCUUGAGCUCCGUGUUUGCCCGUUAUGGCGUCAACCGAAAUUUUUACUCACUCGUCUACUCCAUCGCCGUGUCGGGGGAGGCGAUCGGGAGUUCCUUCAAUAUUUUUAUCUACUACACCAUGAGCGCCAAGUUUAAAAUGGCCUUUCUGCAGAUCUUCGGCAGAAGAAAAUGA